UUGAGUAACUGACUUGAAGUUAUUCCUCUUUCCGCCGACAUCUCUCCUGCUCUUCUUCUAAACACAAAACCAACCGGAGAUCAUGAACAGCUUCCUCACAACCACGGCUCGGUGUCUCCGGUCGGGGGCCGCACUCUACGGGCCACGGGCCGGCGUGUGGUCGGCCCCGGGCCGGCGGCUCCUGUGCUCGGCGGCGGCUGGGGGUGACGUCCAGAAGGACCUUGGAGAGAAGGUGGCGAAGGACAAGGUGGUGGUGUUCAUCAAGGGGACCCCGGCUCAGCCCAUGUGCGGCUUCAGCAACGCGGUGGUGCAGAUCCUCCGGAUGCACGGAGUGGAGGACUACGCUGCCUACAACGUGCUGGACGACCAGGAGCUGAGAGAAGGAAUCAAGGUGUUCUCCAACUGGCCCACGAUCCCCCAGGUGUACCUCAACGGCGAGUUUGUGGGAGGCUGCGACAUCCUGCUCCAGAUGCACCAGAAUGGAGAUCUGGUGGAGGAGUUCAAGAAGCUGGGAAUCCGCUCUGAACUACUGGACACCGAGAAGGAGUCCAAGUAGAGGACGAUUACAAACUUCAGAAGAGCUGACUACACAGAGGACGCGUUUAUCAAGUUGAAUCUCCCCCCUCCGACUCAUAUGGUCCCAUAUGAAUCAAGUCUCUAGGCAGCCAUGGGAAAAGCAAACUCCGAGGGCAGAUGAAGGUGACAAGUGUAAACUAUUUUAGUGGCGGCACUUAAUCUUGAGUCAGGAAUAUUAAUGCUUUAGAGUGUUCCAUACCCAUAAAUAGCUACGUGCGAUACAGAGCUCCCUCUGCACUCUUUAUACUCUGAGCUACGCCUCUUAAUGUUCACAGAUCAUGUACCCGACAGGUGGGGACUUAAAUAUUGGAAGAAAAGAGUUGACAACGUCUUCACAGGGAUUCAAAAGCUGUUUUACCUAAAAUACAUCUGUACUACAAUCCUCACCUCGACUGUAAAGCUGCAGACACAUUUUUUGGCUACUUUGGGAGCAGAAGAUUCAAUUUACAAACCAAUACACUGAUAUAUUAUCACAUUUUAUGUUUAUAUGGCAAACUCACUAGCGUUCUCCUUGACUUCAAUUUCUGGCCACUCAGAUUAACGUAAGGCUAAUGUUCACUCUUCUUCUAACCUUUCUUAUCCUGCCCUUUCCAAUCCCUGCUACCUCUACUGUCCAUCUGUUUUCUCAAGCCACAGUCAUCAAGACCAAAUUACUCUCAGGGUGCAACAAGAUAUAAGUGAAGGUGUUAAUUAUUCUUUAUCUUGGGUCACACCACAAACCUGACAACACUGCCAGCAAGCACCGUUCACCUGGAGGAGGAACAGGGGACAGUACAGCUGAUGGGGGUUCGAAACCAAACAAGGGUGGUUUCAUGGUCAUGCUGUCCAAUGACAUCACAUGAAAAUUGGGUUUUUAGUGGUGAAGGUAAACCAGACAUGGAUGAGACUGUCACUGACAUCACAGCACUGUGAGUAGCUUCUAACAUUGCCUUCUAUCCGUUCUUCCGGCCAGGAUCCCCAUCCUAAACGUGCCCCCUCUGCUUUAACAUCGACUGAAACGCAACAAACUUGAAUAUGCCUGAUAUGGAGAUUGUCUAUCUGUCAGUGAAUGUGUGGAGUGUUUCCCUUUCUUGUGUGAGGGGUGGGGGAGCUGUUUUUUUUGUUGUUACUUUGAGUUAUCUCUCCUUUGGCCUAAGAACGUUGUGAUCUUUAUCAAUCCUCCUGUAGGUGUUCCUCCUGCUGCACACAGUUGUAUUAUCAAAGCAAUGGUCAUGUAGUACGCUGUAAGAUAUUGUACAUUGAAAGCAUAUUAUAAAUGUAUUUUGCUGCAUGUAAACCCUACGCUAAUUAAAUAUUUUGUGACAAAUAA